AUGGAUGGAGGCAACCAGAGUGAGGACUCAGAGUUCCUGCUCCUGGGGAUCUCGGAGAGUCCUGAGCAACAGCAGAUCCUGUUUUGGAUGUUCUUGUCCAUGUACCUGGUCACGGUGGUGGGCAAUGUGCUCAUCAUUCUGGCCAUCGGCUCUGACUCCCGCCUGCAUACUCCCAUGUACUUCUUUCUGGCCAACCUGUCCUCCACUGGCCUCUUCUUUGUCACAAACACGAUUCCUAAGAUGCUGAUGCUGGCGAACCUCCAGUCCCAGAACAAAGCCAUCUCCUACACAGGGUGUCUGACGCAGCUCUACUUCCUGGUCUCCUUGGUGGCCCUGGACAACCUCAUUCUGGCUGUGAUGGCAUAUGACCGCUCCAUCUGCCAUCCCCUCCACUAUGUCACAGCCAUGAGCCCUGGACUCUGUAUCUUGCUCCUCACUUUGUGCUGGGGUCUCUCUGUCCUUUACGGCCUCACCCACACCCUCCUUAUGACCAGAGUGACCUUCUGUGGGUCCCGAGAGAUGCACUAUAUCUUCUGUGAGAUAUACAUCCUGCUGAGACUGGCAUGUUCUAACAUCCAACUCAACCAUGCAGUUCUGGUCCCCACAGACUGCUUCAUCUUCCUCACCCCCUUAGGGUUCAUGAUCUCAUCCUAUGUCCACAUUGUCAGAGCCAUCCUCCGAAUACCCUCAGCCACUGGGAAGUACAAAGUCUUAUCCACCUGUACCUCCCAUUUGGCUGUGGUCUCCCUUUUCUACGGGACACUAGUUAUGGUUUUCCUGCAACCCCUUCAUACCUACUCCAUGAAGGAUUCAGUAGCCACAGUGAUGUAUGCUGUGGUGACGCCCAUGAUGAAUCCUUUUAUCUACAGCCUAAGGAACAAGGACAUGCAUGGGGCUCUUGGAAGACCCCUCCAAAGAAAGGCCUUUCAGAGGUUGACAUGA